AUGAUCCCUUUCUUUGCUGAGGAACUAAGCAACAUCAAUGUGCUCCGUGCUACGAUAGCUACUGAACCAACAUGCGACGCCGCAGAAUAUCUACAGGUUAAAGAUAGUACCCUUGUUCUGAAAGAUCAACUUGUAGCAGAUCUAAAGUCGAUUGAUAUUGCUGUCUCUACUCAACAACUUGUGGUGGCUCAACCAAACGACUUAUCAUCACUGCAGUCUGGUGAGAGCGAGGAUGAUGCGCUGAUACCGUGGGAGGUGAAACUGUCUCUGCUGAGACCUCCAACUUCUCUACAAUCUCAACAAAACGAUGUAAAGGAAUGGUGGACAUCCAAGCUACUGUUACAGCAAUCUCUGGAGAAGCAAAUGCGAUGUCGACACUGUGCUCAAGGGCUCCUUGAUUCUGCUAUUGAAUAUAAGAUCAAAGAUUUACCUUCUGAACAUUGGUAUGAGUUGGUGGAAUGCUGGAUUUGUCAUGAAACCAAGCCUGAAGAACAUCAAGCGCGUAUGAAGCCCAUCUUAGCUCGUCCUCAUGUCUUGCUGGUGGGUACUACCUAUUUCCUGAUACAUCCCGAGAAUACUGUCAAAGGUGCUCUUCAAGUGGAUUCUGUGGUUUCCAAGCGAUCCAAUUGGGAUCGAGGCACGCUGACAAAAUGGAUAGCGGUAAAUUGCUCGAAUUGCGGGAAUGCUGUUGGUGAAGGACAAUACUGUAUGGAAGACGGGGAGAUGCAACUGCUGGCAGUGAAGCUAUUCAAAUAUUGCAUUGAUCUGAUACCAAACCCCUCUGAGCAACCUGUGUUUACCGACUUUUUGGUGUCUGAUCUGGUGAACACAGCUAAAAUCCAUGCUACACACCGCUUCUUGAUUCAAGGACGUCAAAGCCAACGUAUAUAUGCACUGAUUUGGCUGUUCAAUUGGGACACACAUAUUGUACAUAACGACGGUUACAGAGAAGAGAGCGACCAUACACUGGUGCGAGAACGAGUAAUGAAGGUAAUCUAUUUGGACUGCACAGAUGCAGAGACCAAUGCACACGUCAAAAAGUAUAUUGCACUGUGGUCAAAUGACAAGUCUACCGAUCAUUUGAUCUAUCCAGACGAGUACUGCCAGCAGCUGGUAGAUACACUAAAUCAAUCUACGCGUGUGCUGCCUCCUUUCAUGCGAACAAUCAAUCACCCUGCCAUGAUAUUCACCAAGAACUUUUCCAUUGGCUUUAUACGUCGAUCCGAUUAA